AUGUCCUCCGCCAAGCUAAUAGUUGUAGGUGUAAGUGGGCAAGGGAGGAGUACUUCUGAACUGAUUGAAAGAUCAUCAGUAUCACAAUCUGAUUAUCAUCCUCAAUAUCAUCAUCGUCAUCAUGAUCAACAAGCAGUAGGAGGAGGAGGAGGAGGCAGAGAAGGAUCACUAGUGAGUCAUGAGGAUGAUGAUCUAAUAAGGCAGCAGCUCAUGAUCAGGAGGGCAUCAAUAAUAUCAUCAUCAUUUUCUUCAUCAGGGGGCACCGGUGGUCAUGAUGAUCGUAUUCACAGGGCCGAUCAAAUAGUAGUGCACCAUGAUGAGGAGGAUCAUAAUAUUCAUGCAUGGAGUGGCAAUUAUAAUAUUCAAAAUGAUAGUACUACUACUCAUAAUCCUAAUACUAAUAAUAGUGCUGCAGUUUGUGAUCAUAGUCAUGAGGAGGAGGAGGAGGAGGAGGAGUUGGAGCUGCCAGAGUGGGCUGCAAUAGAGAGACUGCCGACAUUUAGACGCAUAAGAACGUCCCUGUUCAAUAAAAUCAAUAAUAGUAGUAGUCAGAAAAAGAAGGUAGCCGUGAUUGAUGUCACCAAGCUUGGUUCUGCUCAGGCACAUGUAUUCGUCGAUCGACUGUUGAACAAGAUCGAUGAGGACAACCGCCGUUUGUUGCUCCGACUGCAACGCAGAUUGCACAGAGUUGGUCUAAGAUUGCCUACAAUUGAGGUAAGAUAUGCGAAUUUGAGCGUCGAAGCAGAAUGCCAAGUUGUUCGCGGGAAGCCACUUCCUAGCCUAUGGAAUUCCGUGAAAAGUUUUUUCCCUGACAUACUAAAUCCCGCUGGCGGUCACGAACCUUCUGCCAAAUUAAAAAUUCUGCACAGCGUCAGCGGCAUCAUCAAGCCUUCCAGGAUGACACUCUUACUGGGGCCUCCAGGAUCCGGCAAAACAACACUGCUAUUGGCACUUGCAGGCAAACUUGACCAAAAUCUUAAGGCCACUGGAGAGAUAUCAUACAAUGGAUACAAGAUAAAUGAGUUCGUCCCACAAAAGACGUCAGCUUAUAUUAGCCAACACGACCUCCAUAUAUCGGAGAUGACGGUGAGGGAUUCACUCGACUUCUCAGCACGUUGCCAGGGAAUAGGAAGUAGAGCAGAAAUUAUUGCUGAACUUAGUAGAAGAGAGAAGGAAGCGGGCAUUAUCCCUGAACCAGAUAUAGAUACCUACAUGAAGGCCCUCGCUGCUGAAGGAUCAAAGCCAACUGUUCAAAUUGAUUACGUGUUGAAGGUCCUUGGAUUAGAUAGCUGCUCUGAAACAAUCGUUGGGAAUGAUUUGAGAAGCGGAAUCUCUGGAGGUCAGAAGAAAAGGCUGACAACAGGGGAAAUCAUAAUUGGGCCAUCACGAGUUCUCCUCAUGGACGAAAUAUCAAAUGGCUUAGAUAGUUCAACUACUUUUCAGGUUGCUAACUAUCUUCAGCAGUGGACACAUAUCACAGGAUCCACCGUUUUGGUCUCCCUUCUUCAGCCGGCACCUGAGACCUUUGAUCUUUUUGACGACGUCAUUUUGAUGGCUGAAGGGAAAAUCGUUUAUCAUGGACCAAGAACUGAUAUUUUAGACUUCUUCUUCAGUUGUGGCUUUAAGUGCCCACCAAGAAAAAGCACGGCUGACUUCCUUCAGGAAGUAGUUUCCAGGAAAGAUCAAUCGCAAUAUUGGUACCACCAACAUAGACCUCAUGUCUCUGUCUCAGUUGAGGAGUUCAGCGACGUUUUCAAGCAAUCUCGAGUGGGAAAGGAGCUAGGGGAACAACUUUCCCAGCCUUUUCAAAGAUCUGAGCUCCACAAAAAUGCCUUGUCAUUUUACAAGUAUUCUGUGAGUAAAUUGGAGCUACUCAAGGCAUGCACAACAAGAGAGUGGCUUCUCAUGAAGCGAAACUCAUUCGUUCAUGUUUUCAAAUCGGCACAGCUGGUGAUCACCGCACUGAUAUCAGUAACACUGUUUAUUCGAGGACGUACAGCCGCACAUAAGAAGAAUGAUUUGGACAUCACCCAUGCAAACUUUUACACAAGCACUAUAUUUUAUGCCAUCAUUAGAUUGUUGUGCAGUGGCAUUGCUGAACUGUCAUUGACUGUUUCCAGACUUGGGGUCUUCUAUAAACAAAGAGAUUUAUACUUUUACCCCGCAUGGGCUUACUCCAUCCCUGCAGUAAUUCUAAAGGUGCCUUUCUCCUUUCUCGAUGCCUUUAUUUGGACAACCCUUACCUACUAUGGCAUAGGCUAUAGCCCAGAGAUAAACAGGGUUUUCCGCCACUUCCUCCUGAUUUUCCUUUUGCAUCAAGUAUCAGUAUCAAUAUUUCGCUUACUUGCUUCCGUGUUUCGGAAUCCAUCUGUUGCUGCAUCUUCUGCCCUCUUCUCCCUCGUAGUGAUGCUCCUAUUUGGUGGCUUCAUAAUUCCAAAACCUUCUUUACCUGCUUGGCUGCGGUGGGGCUUUUGGCUGUCUCCAAUAACAUAUGCAGAAAUAGGCGCUUCCAUAAAUGAAUUUCUUGCUCCGAGAUGGCAAAAGGGCUUAGAUUCAAAUGCCAAUUUGGGAAGAAAAGUUCUUCAAAAGCACGGACUAAGUUAUGGUGAGGAGUUCUACUGGAUAUCUGUUGGAGCAUUGAUUGGAUUCUGGCUUAUAUUCAACAUUGCAUUCACAAUCGCACUGCAUUAUUUGCAAGAUCCAACAGACAGUGUACUACCUUUUGAACCUAUGGCUGUGACAUUCGAGAAUCUACAAUACUUUGUAGAAUCACCUAAGCGCCUUAGAGACAAAGGUUUUAAAGAGAAGAAACUUCAGCUUCUUCAAGAUGUCACUGGAGUAUUUAGGCCUGGAAUUCUUGCUGCUUUAAUGGGGGUCAGUGGAGCUGGGAAAACAACACUCAUGGAUGUUCUUUCGGGAAGAAAAACCAGGGGAGUCAUUCAAGGAGAUAUAAGAGUGGGAGGUUACCCAAAAGUUCAGCAAACAUACGCAAGAAUAUCCGGCUACUGUGAGCAAAUAGACAUACAUUCUCCACAAAUAACAAUUGAGGAAUCAGUCAUGUACUCUGCUUGGUUGCGUUUGCCAUCUCACAUCGGGCAAAAAACGAAAUCAGACUUUGUUACAGAAGUUCUUGAAAUGAUUGAACUGGACAACAUCAAAGAUGCUUUGGUUGGCUUUCCCGGUUUAAAUGGCAUAUCAGCAGAGCAGCGUAAACGGCUGACCAUAGCAGUGGAGCUCGUUUCGAAUCCGACCAUAAUAUUUAUGGAUGAACCCACAACAGGAUUAGAUGCUCGGGCUGCAGCCAUUGUCAUGCGAGUUGUGAAAAAUAUUACUCAAACCAGGAGGACUGUUGUAUGCACCAUCCAUCAACCAAGUAUUGACGUAUUUGAGGCAUUUGAUGAGCUGAUUUUGAUGAAAAAAGGAGGCCAAAUCAUAUACUCUGGCAAAUUAGGUCAAAAUUCAAGUCAACUAAUUGGAUAUUUUGAGAAUAUUCCGGGGGUCGCCAAAAUUGAAGAAAACCGGAACCCGGCAACAUGGAUGCUAGAUGUUACAAGCGCCUCUGCAGAGGCUCAACUUGGUUUGGACUUCGCUUGUAUCUACAAGGCAUCUCAUCUAUAUCAAGAAACAAAGAGAUUAGUUAGAGAACUAAGGUCUCCGACGGCACAAGGGGAGCUCCGUUUUGCGACUCGUUUUCCGCAAAACGGAUGGGAACAACUUAAAGCAUGUCUCUGGAAGAAAAACCUCUCGUACUGGAGAAGUCCGAAAUAUAACCUAGUACGCUUGACAUUUGUUGCCAGCACGUCUCUGCUGUUUGGAGCACUUCUUUGGCAGAAAGGGCAGAAAAUAAACGACGAACAGGAUCUAUUCAACAUGCUAGGGUCCCUCUUCAUUCUAGUACAGUUUAUGGGGAUAGGCAAUUGUUCUUCCAUUUUACCAUUUAUGGCGACUGAGCGGAGCAUAUUGUACAGGGAAAGAUUUUCUGGAAUGUACUCCUCGUGGGCUUAUUCCUUAGCUCAGGUGAUUAUUGAAAUCCCUUACGUACUGGUUCAAACACUUAUGUUUUUGAUCAUCACCUACCCCUCCAUCGAUUUCUAUUUGUCUGCCGACAAACUAGUGUGGUAUUUCUACACUAUGUUCUGUACGUUGCUCUCCUUCACUUACUUCGGCAUGUUACUGGUUUCCUUGACCCCUAGUUUCCAAGUAGCGUCGGUGGUGGCAAGCUUCUGCUAUACCAUGUUUACUUUGUUCUCAGGGUUUAUCAUACCAGCACCGAAAAUUCCUAAGUGGUGGAUAUGGUGUUACUGGAUUUGCCCACCAUCUUGGUCCCUUAGAGGGCUUCUUUCCUCACAAUAUGGGGACAUAGAUACGAGAAUUCUAGUGUUUGGAGAACGCAAAGCGAUCAGUUCCUUCAUGGAUAACUACUUUGGCUAUCAUCACCACAACCUGAAAGUUGUAGCUUUAGUUCUUGCUUGUUUUCCAAUUUUGUUUGCCUUGGUUUUUGCGUGGGCAACUUCAAAUUUGAACUUUCAAAGGAGAUAA